CUGUUUUUCAACCACCAUGUCGCAACCUCAGGCCGUGGCGGCCAGGAGCCCUCUGUCGCUGAUCUUCAUGCUCCAUAUUGCUUUGGAGAUACCGUUUGUUAUACAGGGAUUAUGGGCGCCGCAAGCGCUGCCGUUUAUCCAGUUAAAUAACACCACUUUAGUGAUGGUGAAGCUGUACGCGGCCCUUUCGCUGGGGACGUGCAUCGCGGCCUUCCUAGUCUUCAGUUUACCGGAGUUCCUUCCCGGAAAAAGAGCUCUGGCGAUCGGCCUCUGUGUCUAUCAUUCGCUGAUUUCCACCGUGCUUUACCAGGCCCCUCGUUUUAUUCCUCGGUCUUUCGGUCCUCUUGCUGAAUCAUACAACGCGACCCCCGAAAACGUCUGGGGGACUCUGCAUGGCAUUGUAGGCCUGGGCAUGGUAUUCUGGUGGCAAGGCACCGUCCAGUAUGCCCAGCUCGCCAGGCGGGCACAGUGAUCAAACAUAGAAUACCGC